CGAGACGGAUUGUUGCAGAUGACAACCCGGCGAAAAGGGGACAUCAGCCAAAUAAUAACACACGAGUGAGUGGACUGUGAUUCCGGGCGAAGAGAGACAGCCUCGCGGGAUGAAUGUCACUCUCUCAGGAAGAGUAGAACACUCGAAGAAAGAAAAAAGUUGUUCCCGAUGACAGGCUCCUGCACUGUGACCGCCACACAAGACCCAGCGGCCCCCCGCUCGCCCACAUGCAGGCCAAGAAAAGGUAUCUUCUAGUGUCAUUCGGCGCCUGUCUUUUGCUGCUUUUCUACCUGGGAGGAGUGCAGUUCCGACAGCUGGCCUCGAAAUCCCCCUCAUCUUCCUCAUCCUCAUCACUGUCACCCGCUCACCUUCGCAGCGACCUGAAAGAUCAGGGCUCACCCCCCAUCAGACGCCGCUGGCCCGUCUGGAUUAGCCCCUUGAGGAACUACGUGGGCACGGAGGAUGGGCGAAGCGAUGAAGAGGAGGAGGAGGAGGAUGCCCAGCUUGCUGUCAACCGGACUUUCCCCAGAGAGAGGAGAGAGAUCAAGGAAAACGUUUACAAGAAUCGAAAAUGCAGGAUGGAGACGUGCUUUGACUUAUCACUGUGCCAGAGGAACGGCUUCAAAGUGUACGCGUACCCGCUUCAAAAGGGGGAGAAAAUAUCUGAAAGUUACCAGAAAAUCAUCAAUAUUAUCGAGGAUUCGCGGUACUAUACAUCAGAUCCGAGACAGGCAUGCUUGUUCGUCCUUAGCAUCGAUACUUUGGACAGAGAUCAACUCUCAUUUCAAUACGUUCACAAUGUGAAAACUAAAAUUCAAAGCCUCCCACUCUGGAAUAACGGGAGGAAUCACCUUAUAUUCAAUCUGUAUUCAGGGACCUGGCCUGAUUAUACGGAAGAUUUAGGGUUUGAUAUCGGCCAGGCAAUGUUAGCCAAAGCCAGUAUCAGCAUGGAUAACUUUAGACCAAAUUUUGACGUGUCCAUCCCGUUAUUUUCCAAAGAUCAUCCUCAAAAAGGAGGCGAGAGGGGCUGGCUUAUGUACAAUAAUGUGCCACCUACAAGAAAAUACUUGCUAGUUUUUAAAGGUAAAAGAUACCUAACUGGUAUUGGGUCUGAAACCAGAAAUGCUUUGUACCACGUACACAAUGGGGAAGAUAUUAUUUUAUUAACUACUUGUAAACAUGGAAAGGACUGGGAAAAACACAAAGAUGCUAGAUGUGAUAAAGACAACGAAGAAUAUGAAAAGUUUGAGUACCAGGAAUUGCUGCACAAUUCAAGCUUUUGUCUUGUCCCAAGAGGCAGAAGGCUAGGCUCGUUCCGAUUUCUGGAGGCUCUUCAGGCUGCCUGCAUCCCAGCAUUAUUGAGUAAUGGUUGGGAGCUAACAUUUUCAGAGAUCAUUGAUUGGAGUAAAGCGGCUAUUAUUGGGGAUGAGAGGCUUCUUCUUCAGAUCCCGUCAAUAACUAGAUCUAUAGACCAUGACAAAAUACUGGCACUUAAGCAACAAACACAGUUCCUUUGGGACGCUUAUUUUUCUUCGGCAGAAAAAAUAGUAUUAACGACUUUAGAGAUUAUACACGAUAGGAUAUAUUCCCAUAUAGCAAGAAAUACUUUCAUUUGGAAUAAACCGCCAGGAGGACUGUACAUAUUACCACAGUAUUCUACAAAUUUAGCUGCUUUUCCAUUUUAUUAUUUAAGUAUGGGUAUAAGCCCAACAGAGGCGUUCACAGCAGUCAUUCAUGCAGUCUCCCCUCUCCUAUCGCAGUCCCAACCAAUUGUAAAACUGAUAUUAGCUGUUUCUAAAUCAAAAUACUGCACUCAGAUUAUAGUGUUAUGGAACUGUGACAGACCUUUACCACCCAAGAGCAAGUGGCCCUCCACCCCAGUGCCUAUAACUGUAAUUGAAGGAGAAAGUAAGACAAUGAGCAGCCGUUUCUUUCCAUAUGAUGCCAUCCAGACAGAUGCUGUACUAAGUUUAGAUGAAGACACUGUGUUGUCAACCAAUGAGGUUGAUUUUGCCUUCAUUGUAUGGCACAGCUUCCCAGAUCGCAUAGUUGGUUACCCAGCCCGCAGCCAUUACUGGGACAACAGCAAAGGACGAUGGGGCUACACAUCAAAGUGGACAAAUGAGUACUCCAUGGUUCUAACAGGAGCCGCAUUUUACCACAGAUACUAUCAUUACCUGUACAACUAUUACUUGCCAGCAAGUCUUCACAGCAUGGUAGACCAGAUGGCUAACUGUGAAGAUAUUCUAAUGAACUUCCUGGUUUCAGCCAUCACCAAACUCCCACCAAUUAAAGUCACGCAGAAAAAGCAGUACAAAGAAACUAUGAUGCAACAGGGGUCAAAGACAUCCCGCUGGGCUGAUCCAGAUCAUUUUGCGCAGCGCCAGACCUGCAUGAACACUUUUGCUAGCUGGUUCGGUGUCAUGCCACUCAUCCACUCACAAAUGAGGCUGGAUCCCAUCCUUUUCAAAGACCAAGUCUCCAUCCUGCGGAAGAAGUACCGGGAUAUUGAAAGAUUAUAGAGCCCAGCGCAGUGGUCUGAGCUGUACUGCAAAAGCUGCUCUUAUAUGCCUGUGAUAAUUGCCUGGUCUUAAGGGGUCACUGGAAAACUCCUGGCAAGACUGAGACACAAGACAAAAGUACAGCAACAAGAACACUGCCUUCUGGGGACCAAGUGACAAUGACCUCAGUGCAACCAGAAGGUUAGCUGCCAUAUUGAAUGGUUAUUCGAGGUGUUUCCAGUCAUGUUCUUUCUUUUACUUUGUCAAGGUAAAACUAAAUUUCUGACAAUCGUGCCUAACCAUUGAGGGUUUGAGGGGUAAACAACACAUAACAAAAAUAUGGUCAAAGAAUGUACACGUUCUGUUUAAAGCUUGCAAAGGGAUUAUAUAGCUCAGCUAAACACAGAUGUUUUAGUUUAUUCAUUUGUCUGUAUUUUAAGUUUGCUUUGUUUGUCAAAUUCUCAGCUCUUACAUUUUAAUUACUUCUCGAUGUCUGAUGUGUCUUUUUAAAUGGUCAAAAAUAUAUUCAAUAAAAAACAACUUUUCUGCAGCAACCACAAUAAGGAAUACUGGUCAAAGCAAAUCUCAAUGUGCACAAGGUAUUUUUUGAAAUUCUACUGCAAGCUGGGUGCAAAUAUAAACCUUAACAAAUGCUAAAGGUAAAUUUGUACACAAUUGUACUCAGAGCUGGAAGGAACCAGUGACCUGUAUCCCUUGAACCCUAAAUCUGACAAGACCAUCGGAAUAGGGAUUUGAGUAUAGUAAUGGGUCACAACAUGCAAUUUUAAUAUCACAUAGAUUAGGAAUGCUUCAUGUAGUUACAGGUAUUGGUAUUUUUAGUAUAUCCAGUAUACAGUAUGUUCUAUCUCAUGAUCUUGGUAGGUACAGGAAAGGGACCAAUGGCAAAGCCCUGGUGAAUGAAUGCUUUUAAAUUUCUACUGGGUUUGGACCAGUAAUAGUCAGAACAAAUAUUUUAACUUUAACUUAAAAAUAAGUACUCCACAUAUUCCAAAAUAAAUUGACAGACCCAUUUGAAAUGGCAUGAUCCUAGGUCACUUUUACUAGUAGCUGUAGCAGUGAGUUUGUCUGGCCAAUUGUUUGCAAAUUGUAAGCUGCUUUUCUAUCUUUUCCUAAAGCACAAAGGUUAGAAUUAUUGAUUAAUUCUGCUUCUGUGCUAAACCUUUCAAAGCAGAGAAAGUAAUGAGUCAUUUCAAAUCUGGCUGCAUCAGUGUUAUACGGAUUGCCAGAUCUAAAUAAUCUGAAAAAUAAUUCAAAAUGCAAGUGGCACUUUAUGGUGAUACUGGUUUGUCAUUGUGAUUUCAUGUUAUGCCCUUAUUAAUGUUUUGAAUAUAAACAAAUUGCACCUAUUACUGCAAGAGAAUCUUAUCUUAGGGAAUGCAUUUUAUUUGUUUUUUGUGGUCCUGAAAAAUCUAUGUGCCUACAAAGAUCCUUUUAUGAAGCAAAACCUCUUCAUUGACACAGCAGGAGUCACAGUUGUCUAAAGUAAAGCCUAAUUAUUGACAGUCAAAAGGUUACUGCUUUGGCUGGAUCAUGGAGAUGGAAUGAGCAGCGGAAACAAGAGUGUGGUUUGUUGGGCCAGAUUACCUCUGGAAAUGAAUCUCAUUAACUCUUUCAACAACAACAACUUGCAUUUAUAUAGCACCUCUCACACAGGGUAGCAUCCUACAGUGCUUUCUCCUCCGCCCCCUCACCUGUGGUUUAUAGUUAACAGUAUAAAACAGUAUAUGGGGAGAUUUCUUAACAAAGUAAUCUAAAUAAAUAUAUGAUUCAACAACAACAACAAGAAAAUUACAUUUGUAU